AAUUUUCUUUCUUUCUUUUUUUUAGGAGUUCCAAGCAUCUUGUUUGCGUGUUAUGCUUUGUGUCGGCAGUAGUCAUCGACGAGGAGAAGAUUCUCGCCAAACUGAAUACUUGCAUAUGUAACCACACACGAAGACUAUCAAUGGCUAUGAAAUAGAAUUUCGCCACCGCGGGAAUAUUUUGCGACUUUUGUUGACUUCGAAGCAAUCGGAUAACACAAACGUACAAUAUCGAUUAGUUUGAAGUCGUAAAUCACAACGUUUGAUUCAUUAAUAUUACCUAGAACUAUAGAAAGUGGUACAUGCACUUAUGUUUCUGAUAGCGUGAAUUUUGUUCCCACAUUGACAGAACUAUGUUUGCGAUAAUAUUAAUCAGAUUUUUCACAAAUAUACAAAGUUAGUGUGAUCUUGAUUGACGUUUACUAACGAAAAGAUAUGUCCAUCACCUGUCUCUUCCCCUUUUGCGAUCAUUGCAAUGUUCUUGAUGGCCGAUUUGACAUUGAACGAAACGUUUCCUGAGAGUAUUUGCAACCAGCAGGUUUCUCGUAUGCGUCGGUUAUCGGUAGAAGACGUCGAAAUUAUCAGAAAGCCGAUAUUUCCGCGAGGCCAUGUGUCGAGAAGCAAAAAUUUCCUUGCCCGACUUGUUCCAGUGUCUUCAGCCACAAGAAUAAUCUUUAUUAUCACUCCAAGUUCGAGUGCGGUCAGUUACCACGAUUCAACUGCCCUUACUGUGCUUAUAGAACGAAACACGUGUCAAACGUGCGUGCUCACGUGCGUAGGAAACAUCCUGGUAACAACGUUUACGCUAUCGACGUCUGUAAACUUUUGGAACGAUAAAUUAAUAGCAUUACGUUUCGAUGUGGCACGAGUGACUCAUCCUCGGGUCCGCCACAAAGUGCUACACCUCUGCCCAAAGUGUGGCAGGUCAUUCAACUGGCGAUACAAUCUGCAACAUCAUUUGAAGUACGCUUGUGGACAAUUGCCGCGAUUCAACUGUCCAUAUUGUGCUUAUAGGACUAAACACACGUCGAACGUUAGAGCCCAUGUGCGUAGAAAGCAUCCAGGCAAAGAAGUCUACGUUGUUGACUUGAUGAGCGUGUUCAAUGUCUGGUAGCGCAUCGUUGCAUCUACGAUCACGUUCGAAACGAGCGAAGCGAAAAUUAUUCUUGCCAUAAGUGCGGUAAUGUUUUCACGCGAAAAAAUAAUCUGUACAAUCAUCUGAAGUUUCAGUGCGGCCAGUCGCCGAGAUUUUAUUGUCCGUAUUGCCCGUAUCGCACGAGGCAUUCAUCGAACGUUAGGUCUCACAUACGUAGAAUGCAUCCUGACCAGAAGAGGCGCAGAAAAAGAAAAACCCGCAAUCAGCCAGAUACCCGUUUCGUUCCAGAUACUACGGGAUACGUGUUUGGGAUCAACAUUGGUAUCGGAGACGAACAAGGCCAAAGUAUCGGCAGACUCUGGCCCCGAUUGCCAAACGAAACCGAUUUAGACAAUAACUGUAAGACGAAGAAGUUCCCUUGUCCGAACUGUGCCUGUGCCUACAGCCAGAAAUACUCGCUGAAUCGACAUCUGACGUACGAGUGUGGCCAAGAACCACGGUUUAAAUGCCCGUACUGCGAAUAUCGAUGCAAAAAGUCGGCCAACAUCUACGAACACGUGAGAAGAAGACACAAGAACUGCGUCGUCUCGCGCUUAGUUUGCGCAACUUGGAGACAGCGCAAAUCGACUGCCCAACGACCCUCCGCUGCUAAUAAAAGGUUCUUCUGCUCUAACGCUUGCGGCAGCUCUUUUACUCACCGCGGCUCUCUAACCAGGCAUCUGCGUUACGAGUGCCGUCAGAAUCCACGUUUCAAAUGUCCGUCUUGCGACUUUCGUUCUAGAUGGACCUCGGAUGUCUAUAGGCACGUACGUAGAAGACACGAAGGCAGCGUCGUAAGAUGCAUCGACAUCGAUUCACGGUAUCAUACGAACGUUUGCUACAAGAAGCAACGAGUACGGUACAGCGACGCGAGUCACAAGAAAUAUCCCUGCCCGAAUUGUCCGAGCGUUUUCGUUUGGAGAUGCACAUUGAGGAGGCAUUUACGUAAUGAGUGUGGGCAGGAGCCGCGUUUCAAAUGUCCCUAUUGUGUGUACCGUGGCAAAUGGAAGGCCAACAUAUGCAGGCACAUCAAGAGAGUACACAAGGAUUGCAGCAUCUACGGAAACUUGAAUAGACACCUGAGAUACGAGUGUGGCCUCCAGCCGCGCUUUAAGUGCCCGUACUGCAAAUAUUGUUGCAAAGUUAAAGGCGAUGUGAACAAGCAUAUAUUGAGGAAACAUCAGGAUCUGGCCGUUUACGUUGUUGAUUUGUUCACUGGCUCGUCUUCCAGGCACAAAGGAUCUACGUCGCGGAUGGGCUAUCGGUGCAGCAAUUGGUUCGUGAAACCUAGUAAAUACGCCUGUCCGAAUCCAAACUGCCGGAGCGUAUUCACUUGGAAGAGGAACCUGACCAGUCAUUUACGUUACCAAUGCGAAUCCGAGAUUCAAGUGUCCUUAUUGCGACUACGUGUGCAAGGUCAAGGCCGACAUACGGAAGCACAUCAAGAUCAAGCACAAGAACAACGACGUCUACGUACUGGUGUCCGCGUCGUCGUACAGACGAGAAUCGAAAAUUCGGAUGCAUUUACCAAUGCCAAGGCAAAGAGGUUCCCAUGCCCGAAUUGCACGAGCGCCUUCGGCCAAAAGCCGAGUCUGACCAGACAUUUGCGAUACGAGUGCAGGCAAGAGCCACGAUUUCAGUGUCCCUACUGUCAACAACGGAGUAAAAAGACGUCGGACAUUUACGCGCAUAUCAGAAGGAAACAUGCGAAUCUGAAAUUAGUCUUGGUUUCGGCAGCUGGUGGAACAGGUCGAAGAAAUUCUGCUGCCCUAAUUGCCCAAGUGGAUUCACUAGAGAAACGAAUCUUCGAAGGCACGUGCGAUAUGGAUGCGGGCAAGGACCAAGAUUCAAGUGUCCCUACUGACCAAGCAUCGAGGAAUGUGCGUCUUUCUCAUCGACAUCGCUACCAACAGACAGUUUUAUGCGCGAAAGAAUUAAGAUCUAGAUGCGACGCGGAGGGAGCCCUGGGCAAUGUAUUUGCCGGAAUCGUCGACUUUUCAUUAUCGUAUGGAUCAAUAUCUACAAGUGGAGCCGCAACAACAGCGUUAUUGCCGGCUAGGGAAGAAGCACGAGAGCAACGAUAACAAUAGGUAUAAUUGUCCAAAGUGCGAGAGGACUUACCGACACUUACAUCAUAUGUUACGCCACUAUAAGUUCGAGUGUGGCAGCCCGCCGAGGUUUCAGUGCCCCUAUUGCGGAAUGAGGAGCAAACAGUCUAACAACGUUUACAAACAUAUACCUUUUCUGCAAAUGUUGCCGCUACCUUGGAUCGAGGACAAAUAUCUGGAGCGAAGCUCGAGAAAGAGUAAGACCCGAUUUCCUUGCCCACGUUGUCGAAAGAGUUACACGACCAAGAGCGCGGUAACGGCCCACUUCAAGUAUGAUUGCGGCAAACCGCCACGUUUCGAGUGUCCUUAUUGUGGCAAGUUAAGCAAGAAAAAGUUCAACAUCCAGGAUCACAUACGGCACAAGCACCCGUCCAAGCCUGUCAUCUGUAACACCUUGUUUUAGGACCAUCGUUUGUCUUCCCUGUGUCGACGUGAUGUAUCGCGCGUUCCUGGAACCGAUAUCGAUGCGAACACAUCGUUGGUCAACGACGGUCCGUAUACGCCUUCACGGUCACUUCUUCGCAAACGGGUCUCGUCUCACGGCCGAUCUCUUUCGAUCCGUAAUCCUUUCCACCCCGUCGAGUGGUCGUUCGAUUCAUUCAAAUUCCUCGAAUUUUUUUCGUCGAAUCGCGCGAUUGUCCCGCGCUUCGUACAUUUUGAAUCACGAUGAUACGGCCAAUGGUGUUCGAUGGAAACGAUCAACUGAAUGCAGAGGUGCAACCGUGGAAAUGUUGUUUCGUAUCCGAGCCAACCAAGUUAGUCGUGUGUUGUAAGCUCGGGCCGAUUUGUCAGUGAGACAGACGUUUGAAAGUUUGAGAAAGAAUAAAGAAUCUUUUGUGGGAAAAGCAAGAGCAAACACGUGUGUUCGGUGUAUUCUGCGAAAUACUCAGAAACAACUAAAGAGUGCACAUCGGCUUUCAUAUUGUUUCGCAUAUUGGUCGAUGUACUCUAUUCCCACGCUAAUAUCCUGUUUUGCAUGAUAUCUCCUGUGUUCCCUCUCGUUUUUUGCGUCUCGAUUGUAAGGCGAUGUUCGAGAAAGCUCUCUCACUCUCUCUCCGUGAGAAUCAGGGCUGGUUUACGAUCUUUACCGUGAUACGAUGUUUUGUAGGUGACCGACUCGACGAUCUUCGUGUCGCGCAUUCGAGGAAGUUCGCGAGGAAACGGGACACGCUGUACAACGCGUUCACCGGGAAAUUUCACUGUCCCAACUGUAACAACGGCUAUGGCAGGCGGGACACUAUGUUGGGUCACUUUAGGUACGAAUGCGGCAAGGCGCCGAGGUACAAGUGUCCUUACUGCACCUUGUGCAGCAAGAAGACGUCCAACGUUUAUCAACAUAUCAGGUGUAUGCAUCCUAAGGAACCUGUCACCCUCGUUAAACUCUAUUAAACCGUUGUUCGCGUUCUUUCGCCAAGAUCAACAACAACAUGCAUCGAUUAAAGUUGGAUCGGAGCAUUAAAAAAAAAAAAAAA